UUCGGUAACAUCGCUUACAACUUUUGUUGCAAUUGUGAAUGAAGUCGUUAGUCAGCUGAUAAAUAUAAACAUUUAGUAAUUUCUGUAUUCGUCAAUUUCAGGAUAUUUGUAGUGUUUAAUGGAUAUUUCAGAUUUUGAAGUGCGCGAGUGCCCCUCUUCGGCAGUAUAUAUUCCAAACUUUAUAACGUCCGAAGAAGAGAAACGCAUUUUGUCUCAGAUUUCGCGAGCUCCAAAACCGAAAUGGACUCAACUUCGUAAUAGACGCCUCAUUAAUUAUGGAGGAGUACCCCAUCCAAAUGGAAUGAUUGCUGAAGAAAUUCCCAAAUGGUUACAAAUCUAUAUGGAAAAAAUAAAUAAUUUAAAUUUUUUUCAAUCCCAAAAAGCUAACCAUGUCCUAGUAAAUGAAUACUUACCGGGUCAAGGGAUUAUGCCUCACACAGAUGGACCGCUAUUUCAUCCAAUCAUAACGACUAUCACAUGUGGUUCAUAUACAGUACUUAAUUUCAUUGAACGAAAUGUGACUAGGUCUAAUGAUAAUCAGUGUCGUUUACAUAAAUAUAAUAACGAUGCUGAAUCGUUACAACGGGAAAGCUUAACACGUGAAAUUAAAUUCAAAAUGCUUUUAGAACCUCGUAGCUUAUUAAUACUUAAGGAUGAAUUAUAUAAUAAUUAUUUGCAUGGUAUAGAUGAAGUCAAGCAAGAUGUUCUUUGUGAUAAAAUCUGUAACUACCAGAAUUGCGAAAGAGUCCAUAAGAUGGGAAGUAUUUUAAAACGCGGGAUUCGUAUUUCACUAACGAUACGUCAUGUACCAAAAACCACAACAAUGAAAUUAAAGUUUUGUUAAAGUACUUCCGUCAUAUUCUUUACAUCCUCUUCACUAUAGAGAAAUAAUUCACAAAAUUGUAAAUGCUACAUAGAUAGCAGUUACUGGAAGGCCGACUGUCGUUACAAUUUAAUUCAUCCUAUUGUCACUCGGAUUCGUUUCAAUACUUUAUUAACCUUCUUGCUCAUCCUCUAUUUUUCCAACUAAUAAUGCGCAUGUUUAUAUAGAAUAAGCCAAAAAUAUAUGCAACACUUUUAUUAUAAUAAAAUACAAAAGAGAUUUAUUUCAAGUUAUAACGAAA